AUGGAACAGUUUGAAUUUCACCCCGCUACCACAUCCUUCAAUCGUCUUUGGUCACCUAUCGAGCCGGGCGUCGAUGAACUAGUCCUCAACCAGGACUCGCAGACAGGCAGACGUACAACAUUACAGCGAUGGCAGCCUGGUGCCCGCAAUCAGCAGGACAUUUUUAUCCACGACUACGUUGAGGAGAUUUUCAUGGUUGAGGGUGAUUUGUACGACCAGAAUCUGCAGCAGGGUUGGGAGAAGGGCGCGUAUGCGUACCGAAAGCCCGGAAUGCGACAUGGUCCUUUCAAGAGUGAGGGCGGAUGUUUGAUGUUUAUUGUCUGUAUCCCCGUGGAUGCGAAUGGAUUUUUGUAUCCUGCAGCUCAAAUGGUCUCUGCUGUGCUGUGCAUGCGGAGGGUUUCCGUGAGUCAAUAUGGGUGCUUGAUGGGAAUCGUAGGCAGAUCAAGUAGGACGUAUAAUCCUUCUGACAUCAAACUAUCAUCAUCAGCUUCAUCGUCAACUUCCAGCACCAUGGCACCGUCCCCAACAGCCCUCCAAGCCCUAGAGGCAAGUCCUCGCGUCCACGAUCUCCUCGCCCGCCUACACGCCGAAUCAGAAGCUCAAGAGAAAACCCUGUCUCAAAGCUGGUUCUACUUCAAAUACCUCUUUGGCUUCUACUUCACCGGUAAAACAUGGUCUACAUCCGCAGACGUCCACAUGAGCGAUAAGUUCGUCGCUUUAGAGCAAGAUAAAUGUCUUUUCAUGUAUCUCCUCGCUCGCAGUAUGAAUGCGAAAAACAUCGUUGAGGCGGGAACCAGUUUUGGUAUUUCGACGAUGUAUCUUGCUUUGGCAGUGGGACAGAAUAUUAAUGCUAUGAGAGCGAGGGGUGAGAAAGUUACGGGGAAGGUUGUUGCUACAGAGUGGGAGAGUAGUAAGGCUGAGAGGGCGAGAAAACAUUGGAGUGAGGCGGGUGAAGAGGUUGAGCCAUGGGUUGAGUUGAGGGAGGGUGAUUUGAGAGAGACUCUUUCGGAGGAGGGUAUGCCUGAGGAGAUUGAUAUGAUGCUCCUUGAUACUUGGAUACCAAUGGCACUUCCAGCUCUAGAGAUCAUCAAGCCUCGUCUGAAGAGGGGUGCUAUUAUUCUGGCUGAUAACACUAAGAUGGCUAAGGCGCUGUAUAAAGAGUUUUUGGAUUAUAUUCACGAUCCAAAGAAUGGAUUCAAGACGACUACUACGGCUUAUAGUGGUGGACUUGAGAUGAUUGUUUAUCUGCCUUGA